AUGGACGAGGAACUAUUAAAUAUUGAACAACCAAUUGUUUUUGAUGAAGCAAUUGCACAUUUUGAAGUGCAUGCGCAGCAGCCAUAUACCUCAUCAACAUACAAUAACAGUGAUGAAAUUCGAAUCACUGUGCAAAAUCAAGACCAGUGUCUACUUCCGAGUAAAAGUACAAUUCAUGUCACCGGAAGACUCUUGAAAAAUGAUGGAACAGCUGUAGUAAACACAUCUAUAGUUUCAAAUGGCGUCUGUCAUUUAUUUGAAGAAGCAAAAUAUGAGCUUAAUGGUGUAGAAAUUGAUAAAAAUAAAAAUGUAGCACUUACAAGUUUAAUGAAAAAUUAUGUUUCAUUUGAUGUUGCUCAAAGUAAAUUUCUAGAAAAUCUUGGUUGGUUGGAACUUGUUAAUGAUGCAACAUUAACAAAUGCAGAAGGUUAUUUUGACGUUUGUAUUCCGCUAAAUAUGAUUUUUGGCUUUGCCAAAGAUUAUCAAAAAAUAAUUGUAAACCCUAAACAUGAACUCAUUUUUACAAGAUCAAGAACAGAUUAA